AUGAGUUUCUCUAUCGCCUUAUCCGCUGCGGCGGCGUCAAGACCUGGUGUCACCCGCCCAGCCAUGUCCCUUCUAGUGUCUUCACAUCCUGCCCAAUGCCGAAGUAUAUGUCGUGCUGCUCGAAAUACACAAGCUGGAAUGGAGAAGCCAGAACGCACCUCCCGAUCCUUUACCAAGUGCUUCCGCCCUCUUGCCAGUAUUCGCUCCAGCUUCUCUGACAUCUCAUCUGGUCGCGAGAAGACCUUCUGGGAAGCUGAGCGAGAACAGAUGAUGCAGCGUAUGGCACAUCUGAAGAAAAGCAUGUCAGAUGAUCCGUCAAAUGCUCUGUUCAGUCAUCAAGUAGAAUCCCUUCGCCGAAUGAACAAGUCUAAAGCAGCAUGGUCUGGCUUUUUGCAGUCAAUCAUCACUACUGAGCACCAGCCUGUCCAAUCUGACAUGCCCCUUAAAUCUCACCUUCAAGACUUCAACUUCGCCCAAUCACCCGAGAUAACUCGUGAUGGUCGCCAAUAUGACCCGAUCAGUGGACGCAUGGCACCGCAAGCACCACAGCCAUCAAAUCUAAAAACUCAGACACAGAGUGCUCAGGCCAUUGACUGCACCCCCGGCGGCGAGUUAGAAACGAAAUUUGCCUCCAAUCCAUCUCUGGUAGAUGAGGGUCAAUUUCAGCCAGGGGCUUCCGUCUCGCACAUUGCUCCUGAAGCAUCUCUCAGCUCUAAAACUAUUGACUGUUCCCCUGGAAGUGAACUGGAGGCUCUGUUUACCUCAAACCCUGCCAGUUACAAAGAUGUUCGAACGAUGACUGGCGCUUUCCAAGAGUCUGCUCAUAAACCUAACAUCAACAUUGACUGCCCACCUGGGAACGAGUUGGAGGCUUUGUUAAUCUCAGAGUCUGUUCACUCAGGACAGCCACACGCUGAAUCAUUCCAGCCCUCGAAAAACAUUACAAAAUUGUCCGCAGAUGCUGGCGUCAGCGCUGGACGAACUGUCGAGUGCUCGCCUGGAAAUGAAUUGGAUGCAUUGUUCAUCUCCAAGCCUGCUCUUCGCGCAGAUCAGACAUCUUCGCUGGAAGAUUUUGGAGCCAAUUCCCUCGGCCAAUCCAACAAUGUUACAGUCGAUUGCCCUCCGGGUAAUGAGUUGGAGGCAAAGUUUGUCUCGGAAUUGGGUUCUCAGAGUGAGAAGGCUCACCUCAAAAAUGAUACGGUUGACUGCUCCUCUGGGAACGAGCUCGAGGCAAAGAUAAUUUCUGAGGCAGCCAUGGAUCGUAAUGAAGCCAUCAUCGACUCCCCACCUGGCAAUGAGCUAGAAGCCAAGUUCGUUGCCGACCCGGUUCCAGUUGAAGAUGGCCAAUUUCAACCUUCUUUGGUCUCCGAUGAGCUCCACGCCCAACAGGCCAAUAUCACUCUUGACUGCCAUCCAGGCAAUGAAUUAGAGGCUAUGUUCAUCUCCAAGGCGGCCAGUGGUAGCCCUUCGAUGAUCGAAGAUCUUAGUUCUUUGCAAGCAAGCGACAUCCGCACCCGAUAUGCUUCCCUGGAUACCUUGUCUAAGCCAGAAUCCCAUCUAUCCAAGAAUGUCGAUUACUCUGGCUCAGAGGACCGAAUCGGUGACUACAUUCUGAAAAAUCAGAAAACCUCUGCACCAGAAGCGCAGCAAGAAGUGUCCCCUAUUUACCGCAUCCUGACCUACGAUUCUUCCACUUUUGAAAUUACCACAGCCGAGUCUGACCUCUUCUUUGGCGUGAACGAUACCAGCCCAUUGAUGGAAGUCCUCUCGCGCUUACAAAACCCUGCCAAGUUUGUGCCUUAUUUUGAGAAAAUGCAGCGCGAUGGGUACGAGAUUGCCACUGGCGGUGGUGAUAUUCUGGUAUUCCGAAAGAGCGGCAACUUAGCUGCAGCAGAGCAGGAUUCUGCUAUCCACGCUGAUAUUGCUCCAUUCCUUCGACACGACUCAUACCCGACCGCAAGCUCCACUGGCUCGCGGUCGCCUUUCACCAACCAGCCACCUCCCGCAGAUGAAUCAAAUGGUGUUGGGGAUGAACCUACGAAACCCUCCAGCUCCAAAUCCUCUAUUCGAAAGACCCUCAGUAGGGCUACUUUUGCCGUUACAGCCACUGCUGCAUCGUGUUAUGCUCUCGGUGUUGUGAUUGAGUAUUUUUGUACUGGAGGACAGGAUGGUCACGGCAUUGACGGGUUCACUGCCUUUGAGUCGGAGCGUCGUCACCUAGGGUAA